AUGAUGCUCGCGUGGCCCACAAAGGACUAUGAGCCGCUCCGAAAUAAAAGCUUCGCAUAUCAUACACUCUGUUCGUUCCACAAAAACCAGCAAUCACAACCUCAGCAAGCUGCGUCAUCAUCGAGCUACAGUGGUCGUCAUCCGCGUGCUGGAUGGAGUCCCUAUGGCACAAGAGGGUCUCAGCGACGGCCUGCAGCGCAUAGAAACCGCACCUUGAUUCUGAACAAUGCUCCUGGUGCUUCGCGCGAAUCGUCGCAAACACCGGCCGCUUCCGAUGCAAACGAAAACCCCGCUUCGAAUAAUGGGUGGGUUGCAAAACGCGAUCGCCACAUGCAACUAAUAAAUUCGGCUAUUUAUGACAAGGAAGCACAGGCUCGAACAAAGGCGAUUGCAGCAACUCAAAAGGGCAAGCAAGAGAGGAGGGGCAAGGCCGAGGAAGCCAAGGUUUUGAGAUAUGCUCAGGGGUCACGAAACCCACACGUGGAGGCUACUGCCGCUUCUGCUCCAGGAGGCGUGUCAAACUUUGCCUCGUAUCAGGUCUUCAUACACGAUAUUCCUUUCCAAGUGGCACAGGGCGGAAGCAAGCUCAUCAGACAAUCCAGUGCGACUCUCGCUUCCUGUACAAGUAUCGGAACUGGCUUACGAGGAUUAGAUGAUCAAAAAGAUGCGGACAAAACACCCAAAAAGGUUGCUGUUGGAGGCGUCACUUUCGUUCGCAGCAAGAACGGCAAUCUCCACCGCUUAGGUGCGGUCAUGAAUAAAAGGAAACCAAGCAAAAUCAAGAAAAGAGAUGAACUGUGCAAGCGAUUCUCUCGAACGGGAACUUGCUACAAGGGACCGACAUGCUCCUAUAUUCAUGAUCCGAACAAAGUUGCAAUGUGCAAAGAGUUUCUACAAACUGGUAAAUGCCAUGCGGGAGAUAGCUGCGACCUCUCACAUGAGCCAAAUCCCCAUAGAUCCCCUGUUUGCGUGCAUUUCCUCCGCGGUCGCUGCUCAAACCCGGCAUGUCGCUACGCGCACGUCCGAGUCACUCCCGGCGCGCCGGUAUGCCGUGCAUUUGGCAUCCUUGGGUAUUGCGAAAAAGGAGAGGAAUGUACAGACCGGCACGUCUACGAAUGUCCAGAUUACGCCAACACUGGAAGCUGCAAGAAGACGAAAUGCACCUUGCCCCAUGUUGACCGUGCAGGACAGAUUCGAAAGGCAGCCGUGAACAAGACAGAGAAGUCUGUGUCAGACGAGGAUGACGAAGACGUUUCCAGCGAUGAAGAGGAACACGAAGAAAUUGACUCGGAUGAUGUUGAUUCGGACGAGUUGGACUCUGAUGAUGAAGAACCGGUAGAGAUGGUUGAAGGUGGCCAGGGGGGGCUUUCGGGGCAGCAGGACUUUGUCCAUAUCUGA